GUCUCUUGGGAUUUUUUUUUUUUUUAAGCCCUGCUGAAUUCGCUACUAAAUACUGAAUGUGGAGAACAAGAAGUGAAUCCGCUGAGGGAGGCAGAAAGUGGAGUUAUCGAAAGUAAAAGAAAACUUCUUCCUGGAGGUGUUUCUAUCCCCACCCUCCUUCAAGGGACUUCUCUCUGGUUGGGUGGACAGGACUUAAGAGUCUGGGUGAAAUUGGGCAGUUCAGGGGUCUUGGCCCCGGGCACUCUGUGAUGUCGCUGGGACAGGGUGGAGCAGCAUCAUAUGGGAUUCGUACUACCUCAUGAGGUGGUCCUGAGGAUUUAAUGAGAUAAUAUACGUUAACCACUUGCAACAGUGACUGGCGCUACUAAAUUCUCAUCGCUUCAGGAGAAAACAGGCCUGUGAAGAAGCUGCUGCCACUGUGAGGGUCCCAGGAUUGGCUUCUUUGGCUACGACGACACUCUCCUGAUUCUUGACCAACAUGAAUUUCAGCAAAUGCCUCUAUAAUAUUGGAGAGCAGCUGGACAGUGAUGAGCUGGCCUCCCUCAAAUUCCUUAGCAUGGACUACAUCCCACAGAAAAAGCAGGAACCCAUCAAGGAUCCCUUGAUGUUAUUCCAGAGACUCCAGGAAAAGAGAAUGUUGGAGGAAAGCAACCUGUCCUUCUUGAAGGAGCUGCUUUUCCGAAUUAAUAGACUGGAUCUGCUGGUCACCUACCUGGACACCAGCAAAGAGGAGAUGGAGCAGGAACUUCAGAUACCAGGCAGAGCCCAGAUCUCUGCCUACAGGGUCAUGCUUUUUCAGAUUUCAGAAGAUGUAAGCAAAUUGGAAUUGAGGUCCUUUAAGUUUCUUUUGAGCCAGGAGAUCUCCAGAUGUAAACUGCAUGAUGAUUUGAACUUGCUUGAUAUUUUCAUAGAGAUGGAGAAGAGGGUCAUCCUCGGGGAAAGAAAUUUGGACACCCUGAAAAGAAUCUGUGACCAAAUUAACAAGAGCCUGCUGAAGAAAAUCACGGAUUAUGAAGAAUUAAGCAGAGAGCAAACAAUGAGCCCUCAAAGAAGUCUAGAUGAAGUUUCAAAUGAUAUGUCUCAGUUGCUUGUAGGGGAGGAAUCCCUGAGGGCACUGCCAAUGUCAGACUCUCCAGGAGAACAGGACUAUGAAUCAGAGGCAUCGGAGAAAGUUUACCGAAUGGAAAGCAAACCUCGAGGAUAUUGUGUGAUCUUUAACAAUUAUGACUUUAGCAUAGCACGGAAGGAAGUACCCAAACUUCAGAACAUUAAGGAUAGGAAUGGAACAGACUUGGAUGCAGAUGCUUUGUGUCAGACCUUUAGUGAGCUUCAUUUUGAGAUCGUGCCUUUCAGAGACUCUACAGCCAUGAAAAUCUGUGAGGUUCUGAAAUCCUACCAAAGCAUGGACCACACUAGCAGGGAUUGCUUUAUCUGCUGUGUCCUCUCCCAUGGAGACAAGGGCAUCAUCUAUGGCUCUGAUGGGCGGGAAGUCCCCAUCUAUGAGCUGACCUCUUACUUCACUGGCUCAAAGUGCCCUUCCCUUGCAGGCAAGCCCAAAAUCUUUUUUAUUCAGGCUUGUCAAGGGGAUAACUACCAGAAAGGUAUAGCUGUUGAGACUGACUCCGAACAGAAGGAAGCCUAUUUAGAAAUGGACUCGUCACGGCAGAAGAGAUAUAUCCCAGAAGAUGCUGACUUUCUGCUGGGGAUGGCCACUGUGAACAAUUGUGUUUCCUACCGAAACCCCAUGGAGGGGACCUGGUAUAUCCAGUCACUUUGCCAGAGCCUAAGAGAAAGAUGUCCUAGGGGUGAAGAUAUUCUCACCAUCCUUACCGAGGUGAACUUUGAAGUGAGCAAUAAGGAUGACAGAAAAAACAUGGGGAAGCAAAUGCCACAACCUACUUUCACACUGAGGAAAAAACUCUUCUUCCCUCCUAAUUGAUGCUACUGUUUAGCUGUAUAACACUAUGCUUAAUUUAUUUGUUAGUAGAAUGCUGCUAUUUGCCUUUUUUUUUUUUUUUUUCUUUUGGAUGGCAGGAAGGGGAGAGAAUCGGAGUCAGGACAAACUAAUUCCUGUGCAAAUUUAAGCCUAAAUCUCUGGCUUUGCAGUAAUAGCUAGAGAUUUAUAGCCCUAGGUAGGAUUUUAAUUUUAUUUUUGAUUCGAUGAAAAAGUUUUUAAAACACUGAGAGUAGAUAAGAAAAUAUAGAAAGUUUAAAAGAAAUGUAACAUCAUAAAUUUAGGUUCAAAAACGGUGUCAGAAUGAAUGUUCUUUGCACAUCUCUCAUCUGCUUCCAGCCUGGAAUAAUUUGAUUCCCUUCAAAUUGUUAAGUAUUUAAAAAAAAGUUAAGGAUAUCAUGUGAAGGCUUUAACCUGGAACACAGAAUUAAUGGUAGUGCAGAGAUUUUUUUUUUUUUUAAAGAUUUUAUUUAUUUGAGACAGAGAGAA